CAGAAUUACUGUUGAAUUACCGAUAACCUAACAUUGGUAUCAGAGCAACGAUCUUUUACCUGUACAUGGUCACCACAAGAGGAAUGAUGGAAGCGCGAUUGGAGAAUGUGGAACGUGAGCUGGAGAAUAGCCGCACAGAGACGUCGCGCAUGCGCGAGGAGAUGCGCAAAGUAGCUCAGCGAACUCGCGAUGAGUUGCGCGAAUUCAUAUCGCAGCGAGGCGAGUCGCGCGGAAGGUCCAAAACAACAAAGCGAAGCAAGAGACUGGACAGUAGUGAAUCUUCUUCGUCUUCUUCAGAGCAAUCGACGCCUGGAACCAUGGAGAAGCGCUAUGGUUUACGCGAAGAACAUCGAUGGUCAGAACUGUCCGCAUCUGGUUUGCGCAAAUUGGAACGAAACAGCGAGAAGGUGGGGAAGAAUCGCGAUGAAGCGCGGAAGACUAGCGAUGAUGGGAGGAAGACUCGCGAUGAAGUCGGAGCUAGGUCAAAGACAGAGGAAUUACCUCUAUUCCACAAGGUUGAAGCGUACGCAUGGAUAGGGAGGAUGGAAAGAUAUUUCCGAGUCCAAGCUAUUGCAGAAAGAUUUAAAGUAGACAUUGCAGCAAAGGCAAUGGGGGAAGCUGCAGAUGGCUGGUUUCAAUGGUGGGACUUUCAAAAGAGAGAAGAUAGUUGGGAGGCUUUAAAAAAAGAUUUGAUUAGGGAUUUUUCACCUAGACACCGGCAGAAGACAGGGAAGACAGCAAAACCAGAGUCAUCGAGGUCUUCGCAUUACCAUUCUAAAAAAUGGUUGCAAGUAGAAAACCCCAACUCGCAAUCACCAGAUUCUUCACUAUCAGGAUUGAUGAGUUCACUAGUUUCUCAACCUGCGAAAGAAUCACCCCAGUCAAUAAAUAAAACUGAGAUGGAGCCAACGGAAUCUGUAAUCAAGAAACUGAAUAAGAAGGACGAAACCGAGGAGCAAGGAGAGAUUAUCCAAUGGCCAGAAAAUUCAUGCAUUGGUAAAAAGAGACCUGGUACAAUGGCAAUUAGUCCAAAGUGGGAAGAAGCAGGCACCUCUAAUAUGCAGCUGUCUUCCAUGAACAAAGAAGGAAUCACAGUCCCUAAGACUUUCAGAGUGAAAGGGAAAUUAACAAGUGGCAGAACGACUAAAGAUAUUAUCAUUCUAAUUGAUUGUGGGGCUACUCACAAUUUUAUAUCUCAAAGGGUAGCUCAAACAGCAGGAGUAUCUGUCCACCAGCUCCCAGAAUAUAAAAGGGAAAUAGGAAAUGGGGACCUAAUCAGAAAUGAUGGGAGAUGUGAAGCUGUUUCUAUUAACAUACAACAGACUAACAUCAUUCAAGACUUCUAUGUCUUAGAAUUGGGAGAAAUAGAGAUGGUUUUGGGAUUAGAAUGGUUAUCUGGAUUGGGAACUGUUGAAUUUAAUUUCAACCAGCUCACUAUUAAGUGGAGGGAAAAUGGAAGAGUCAGGAAGCUUCAGGGAGAUGCCCAUCUAAGCAGACACCAAGUUCCUCUCAAAUCUAUCACUGCAAAGAUUCAAGCAAAUGAAGAAGAAUUCUGCUUGCUCAAAUCUGCAAUGAUUGAAACGGAGAUGGAAAAGGAGACAGCCAAUCCAUGGAAGAAGGAAGGGUUCACAGAAAUUGCUGAUAGGUUCACUCUCGAAUACCAGUGUAAUACAAUCCAAGUAGACCUGGACUUUAUGAAUCAAGCUGUGGAAAGGUUAAAGAGGUUGAUUGAGCAAAUAGUUGAGAAGCAUGAGGAAAAUUUUGGUAAGCGGGUUGUUGUUGCUCUCUAUGAGGCAGCAUGUUGUGCCCUGGCCUCCAUAGAAUAUGAAAGGAUCGAGUUUGUUCCUGGGAAGAUGUUGAUACAACUGGAGAGGCAGAGGCUGGGAGAAGUCUUAGGCACAUGGAGUAGGUCGGGAGGCUGUGUACUGAGUUCUAUCUUACCUUCCUCGGGUGCUGAUUCGAAAACUGAGACUUACAGUCCCGAAGAUGAUUAUGUGUUCUUCAUGGGAGAUUCUGUACGAGAUCAGACUUUGGGAAGGGAUGGAGGUAACAACUGUGGCCAAAAGGAUCACUAUGUGGACACAGAGAUUGAAUGGAGAUCAAAACGAAGAAAACUAUACGAGCUGAAGUACUGGGAAGGCAGAGGAGCGAGGAUAAAGCAUAAUGGCAUAGCUAUUUCUUACUCAGUCACUUCCCACCUUGAGGACAAGGUGUUUGUCAAAGGGGGAGUGAUGAUAGAGACCUAAGAAUAUUAUUAAGUCUUAAUAUUUUGUAAUAAAAGGGGUGUAGGUCUUAUAACUAAGUGGAGGUGGGCUGGCCCAUGAGUGAAUGAAUAAAUAAGGUAGGCUGGGAAUAGAAGAAAGGGGGUGGUUGGAAUUAGCGGGCUUGGGACUCGGGACUGGGAGUCGGAAACGACUUGGGAAUUGUAUUCUUGUCUCUCGGUUAAACAAUGAACUUUUGUUUUUUAUCUUCAUCGCC